AUGGCGGAGGAAGGAGAGAAGAGUGAGGUAAAUGUGGUGGCUGACGAAGACCUUGUGGUGAAAAAGAACAGCACUUCAGCUAUAUGGAAUUAUUUUGGAUUUAGGAGAGAUGACGCGUUACAAACACAGACAGCCUACUUCCCCGGACAGCACACCGCAGAAAACAUUGCCUGUGGACUAAGUGAUGCUUUGGCCAGCUGGCAUUUGCGGGAAGACCAGCUGGUUUGCAUCACCACCGACAACGGGGCAAACGUUGUGAAAGCCACAGAACUCAACCACUGGGUCAGACUUCAGUGCUUUGGCCAUAGGCUGCAUCUUGCCAUUGAAAAGGAAGAUGACACAGAUUUAACCAAAUCCAUUAAAGUGAAAAUCCUGGAUUACAUGAAUACAAAGUAUGAUGACCCAGGAACACAAGAACUUCUGGACAUCGCAUCCUUCAUGGACCCCAGGUUCAAGGUCACCUACAUCAGCAGUGAAAAAGUUGAGAACAUCAAGAGCAGGAUCAUUGAAGCAGACCCUGUGGCCUGGUGGAAACUCCACCAGGUCACCUACCCUAAGCUGACCAAACUUGCUCGGAAGUAUCUUUGUAUAGCUGCGACUAGUUCUCCCUCCGAGAGGCUCUUCAGCACUUCAGGGAAUGUGAGAAAGCAUUGCCUUGCUUCGGCUGCAGACAACAAAAAAGAAAAGAGGAACUCCCUGGACCCUCUGAUGAGCAGCAGCUCUGCAAAAGUGAACGGGACAAAGACGCAGGACAAGAGGGGACGCAAAGACAAGGUGGUGCAGUUUAGCGACGGCAUCGAGCCACUGGACGACUUGAUGGUGGCACAACUGACGGACUUCAGUGCCAUCCUGGACGCACUGCGCGAGCAGAAUCUCGCCGGAGGUCAUAUCGACUGCUUCGGGUUACCAAACAUUGGGCAGAGCUGCUACAUGAACUCCAGCCUGCAGAGUCUCCUGAUCCUGGAGGACUUUAUGAUGGACAUCAGCCGCAUGGAGCAGGUCUGGAGAUCAGUCCCUGAGGCUCAACUGAUGAGAAGAUUGAUGGAGAUCAGGGACGCUCGCACCUCCACACACUCCCAAACUAAAGCCCCAAUCCUGCAUUCGUUUCGGGAGGCAGUCUCACUCCAGACUCCUGGGUUCAGGAACAUUCGGCAACAUGACGCUCAUGAGUUCCUGACCUCGGUGCUGGAGCAGAUGAGGAGUCUGGCCCCUCUGCUGCAGGAGGCCGCAGCGAGCAUGGGCCGACGUUACGCCUGCCCCGUCGAGGACCACAUGGUCUUCAAGAUGGAGAACACGAGGACAUGCAAGAGCUGUGGGGCCCGGUCAACGAAACAGGAGGAGUUCACUAACCUGCCUCUGGACUUGGUUUCUGGAGUCUCUGUGGAAGAGUUGCUCCAGGAGUACCUGAAGGAAACAGAGUUAGAGUUCAGCUGUGAGUGCGGAGGAAAAUCAUCGACUUACAGAUCAUCAUUCAGCACUCUGCCACGCGUGCUCAUCUUGCAGCUGAAGCGUUUUCGUUUCUCUCCGUCCCUCGAGCUCGAGAAGGCCGAUGACCCCGUCACGCUGCUGAGGGACCUGGUGGUGUCCUCCGCACAGGGCGGCAGAUGCUACAGUCUGAUCAGCACCAUCAGCCAUUUUGGCUGCACAGAACGAGGACACUACAUCUGUGACGGCGUUCACCCCGAUGACAGUCCAGACGAUCCGCGCGAUCGCUGGCUCAGCUUCAACGACUCUGUGGUCUAUGAGACGACCGGCUCUCUGGUCUGUGAGCUGCAGCAGCAGGAAGCCUACAUCCUGUUCUACAAGAGACAGAUGUAGGACAAUGGGGGGGAGCAGGGACCUAAAACGCUCCAGGAGCCACAUGAAGAGAGCCAGGAUCAUUAUUAUCAUGAUGGAGCCCAAAGGAGCCGCCACGGGGAGAGGAAAGGGAAGUCUGUCACCACAUGUGGGGAAUGUAGAUGUGGACGACGGAAGAAGCAGACGCCCCCCGGCAAGAAGCAGCUGCAGGUCCCCCUACCCUGAGGAGUAUGGGCCCCGUCCCCCAUCCCCCAGAGAGCCUGGUUUCCUCCCAAGGUUCCUCCCUCUCAGGGGGAGGGAGUUGUGCCUUGCCACUGUCGGCCCCACACUCGCUGGACAGCAGGACGGACCAGACUCAGAACAUCAGCAGAGACACCGGGGUCGGAACCCCGGACAGAGAUGUUAUAGUCAUACUGUAAAUAUGUUGUCCUGUAAUGUGCCAGCGUUUUGGCUUUCUCUCUGGGGAGACCUGCACAAAGAAAA